AUGGUGGUGGCCCGCAACAAGGCCGCCAACGCCGCGCUCUGCCGGCAGUUCAGCGAGCGCCCCGUCAGCAAAGUGUACAACGCGCUGCUCUGCGGCCAUCUGGCGGAUAACGAAGGGGUCAUAGACGCGGCAAUCGCCAAAGAUCCGGCGCUGUUCCCGCUGAUGUCAAUUUGCGCCCUCCACGGCAAACCCGCCCGCUCCCGCUAUCGGGUGUCCGAGCGUUUUUAUCGUGAAGCGGAGGGCGGGAUCUCGCUGCCGCUGACGCGGGUGCAGCUCACCCCAGAGACUGGGCGCACCCACCAGCUGCGUAUUCACAGUCGGCAGUUGGGCCCCUAUUUUAGGUUGCGAUCUGUAUGGCGGGCGUCUGCUGCCGGGUACCGAACCAGACGCCGCGGCUGUGUGCUGCACGCCAGCGAGCUGGACUUGUGCACCCCGUCAGUGGAGAGCGGAUCUCGCCGCUCGUCACGCCGCGCCGUUCUGAACGCGGUUACCAACAUCAAAUCGUCAGGCACUUUGAAGUCGGCGUACGGAUCGUCUUCAUCCUGCUCUUCCUGA